UUCUUUCUGUCCACAGACAGCAGCCCUCUCGCGGGCAGCCCGCCCGUCAGCUAUGGGACCCUGACGAUAGGGACAUCAGUCGGUCCCCUCAGCUCCUCAGCUUCAUCCGUGAGGCUCAGCGGCUACUGUGGCAGUCCCUGGAGGGCCAUCGGCUAUCACGCCGUGGUCUGGGUGCUGGCUGGGAUCCCCUUGCUGCUCUUCCGCUGGAAGCCCUUGUGGGGGGUGCGGCUGCGAUCGAGGCCCUGCAGCCUGGCCCACGCCGAAACACUCGUCAUCGAAACAAGAGACCAAGAGGGUAGCCCGUGGCAGCUCUUCACUGUCCAGGUGCAGACUGAGGCCGUCGGCGAGGGCAGCCUGGAGCUGCCCCUGCAGACAGAGGAUGGGCACGGAGAGCUGGCUGUGGGGGCCGUGCCUGAAGCUCCGUGGAAUGACACAGCCCCGCUCCACAGGGAGGAGGCAAAGCGGGUAGCACGGUAUUACGUCUUCCAGGGCAGGCGCUACGUCUGGAUGGAGACCCAGCAAGCCUUCCUUCAAGUCAGCCUGCUGGGCCACGGCCACACCCGUGACGACAUCCACCGCUCCCAGUCCGGCCUCAGCCUCCCGGACCAAACUGUGAGGAGGACGAUUUUCGGCCCCAACGUGAUCAGCAUUCCGGUCAAGUCCUACCCACAGCUCCUGGUGGACGAGGCACUGAACCCGUACUAUGGGUUCCAGGCCUUCAGCAUCGGGCUGUGGCUGGCCGACCACUACUACUGGUAUGCCGUGUGCAUCUUCCUGAUCUCCGCCGUCUCCAUCUGCUUGUCGAUGUACAAGACCGUGGACUCCAGCGAGCUGGUGCCCGGAGACUGCCUGGUGCUGCCCCCGGAGGGCGGGCUGAUGCCCUGCGACGCUGCCCUGGUGGCCGGAGAGUGCGUGGUCAACGAGAGCUGUCUCACAGGGGAGAGCGUCCCAGUGGUGAAGACAGCCCUCCCGGAGGGGCCGGGACCGUACUGCCCGGAGAGUCAUCGGCGGCACACACUCUUCUGUGGGACCCUUGUCCUGCAGGCCCGGGCCUACGGAGGACCCCAUGUCCUGGCAGUGGUGACCCAGACAGGGUUCUGCACAGCCAAAGGGGCCCUGGUGAGCUCCAUCCUGCAUCCCCGGCCCAUCAGCUUUAAGUUUUAUAAGCACAGCAUGAAGUUUGUGGCCGCCCUCUCUGUCCUGGCCCUACUCGGCACCAUGUACAGCAUCUUCGUCCUCCACCGCAACCAGGUGCCCGUGAACGAGAUUGUGAUCCGGGCUCUGGACCUGGUGACCGUGGUGGUGCCGCCCGCCUUGCCAGCCGCCAUGACCGUGUGCACCCUCUAUGCCCAGAGCCGCCUGCGGGCACAGGGCAUCUUCUGCAUCCACCCGCUGCGCAUCAACCUGGGCGGCAAGCUGAGGCUCGUGUGCUUCGACAAGACUGGCACCCUCACCGAGGACGGCUUGGAUGUGAUGGGGGUUGUGCCCCUGGAGGGACAGGCGUUUCUCCCGCUGGUCCCAGAGCCCUGCUUCCUGCCCAUGGGGCCCCUGCUCCGAGCACUGGCCACCUGCCAUGCCCUCAGCUGGCUGCAGGACACCCCGGUGGGGGACCCCAUGGACCUCAAGAUGGUGGAGUCUACUGGCUGGGUCCUGGAAGAGCAGCCAGCUGCAGACACAGCACUCGGGACCCCCAUCUUGGCAGCGAUGAGACCCCCGCCUUGGGGGCCCCAGACACAAGGAACGGAGCCCCCGGCGCCCCUCGGCGUCCUCCGCCGCUUCCCCUUUUCCUCCACCCUCCAGCGCAUGGGUGUGGUGGUGGCGUGGCCGGGGGCCGCUCAGCCCGAGGCCUAUGUCAAGGGCUCCCCGGAGCUGGUGGCCAGCCUCUGCCGCCCCGACACAGUGCCCGCCGACUUCUCCCGGACGCUGCAGAGCUACACGGCUGCCGGCUACCGUGUGGUGGCUCUGGCCUGCAAGCCGCUGCCCAUCGGCCCCAGCCUGGAGGCUGCGAGGCAGCUGUCGAGGGACACCGUGGAGCAGGACCUGAGCUUCCUGGGGCUGCUGGUCCUGAGGAACCUGCUGAAGCCACAGACGACUCGGGUGAUCCAGGCUCUGCGGAGGACUCGCAUCCGCACCGUUAUGGUGACAGGGGACAACCUGCAGACGGCCGUCACCGUGGCCCGGGGCUGCGGCAUGGUGGCCCCCCGGGAGCGCCUGGUCAUCGUCCAUGCCACCCACCCUGAGCGGGGCCGACCUGCCUCCCUCAAGUUCCUGCCCGCGGAAUGCCCCACCUCUGUGAACGGGGCCAAGGACCUUGACCCGGCUGAGAGCCGCACCGUGGAGCCAGAGCCCCCGUCCAGCCACCUGGCCCUCAGUGGAUCCACCUUCGAUGUCCUGAUGAAGCACUUCCCCAAGCUGCUGCCCAAGGUCCUGGUGCAGGCCACCAUCUUCGCCCGCAUGGCCCCUGAGCAGAAGACAGAGCUGGUGUGUGAGCUGCAAAGGCUUCAGUACUGCGUGGGCAUGUGCGGGGACGGCGCCAACGAUUGCGGGGCCCUGAAGGCGGCCGACGUGGGCAUCUCACUGUCCCAGGCCGAGGCCUCGGUGGUGUCCCCCUUCACCUCGAGUAUGGCCAGUAUUGAGUGUGUGCCCACGGUCAUCAGGGAAGGCCGCUGCUCCCUGGACACGUCGCUCAGCAUGUUCAAGUACAUGGCCCUCUACAGCCUGACCCAGUUCGUCUCGGUCCUGAUUCUCUACACGAUCAACACCAACCUGGGCGACCUGCAGUUCCUGGCCAUUGACCUGGUCAUCACCACCACGGUGGCCGUGCUCAUGAGCCGCACACAGCCGGCCCUGGCCCUGGGGCGAGCGAGGCCACCGGGGGCCCUGCUCAGUGUGCCUGUGCUCAGCAGCCUGCUGCUGCAGGUGGCCCUGGUGGCCGGCGUGCAGCUGGGAGGCUACUUCCUGGUGGUGGCCCAGCCCUGGUUUGUGCCUCUGAAUAAGACUGUGCCAGCGCCGGACAACCUACCCAACUACGAGAACACGGCGGUCUUCACCCUGUCCAGCUUCCAGUACCUCAUCCUGGCCGCGGCCGUGUCCAAGGGGGCGCCCUUCCGCCAGCCGCUCUACACCAACGUGCCCUUCCUGGUGGCCCUGGUGCUCUUGGGCUCUGUCCUGGUGGGCCUCAUCCUGGUCCCCGGCCUCCUGCAGGGGCCGCUAGGGCUGAGGGACAUCGCAGACACCUGCUUCAAGCUGCUGCUGCUGGGCCUGGCUGCCUGCAACUUUGUGGGGGCCUUCCUGCUGGAGAGCGUGCUGGACCAGUGCCUGCCAGCCUGCCUGCAGCGGCUCCGGCCCAAACGGGCCUCCAAGAAGCUCUUCAAGCAGCUGGAACAGGAGCUCGCUGAGCGGCCCUGGCCUCCGCUGCCCGCUGCUGGCGCUGUGAGGUAGCACAGGCUGGGCUCCUGGGCGCCCUGGACGCUGGACCUCCCUGCUUCUGAGCCACCGACUGGGACCAUCCCUAGAGAGACCACUGCUGUCGCCUCCCGCAGCCCUGAGGUUGGCUGUUGCCUCACUCCUGGCCCAGCCUUUCUGCACCCCACCCCGGGAAGUGCUGACUACUGUCCCCCACUUUAGAUCACGCCAUGUAGAAAAGGCAGCCACCGACCCCACUCGGAGCUGCUGUCAGCGUAGCAAAUAAAGUUGAUAUUUUCCUGGCUC